GACAACACUGAGCUCAGCAAGACUUUGUUUGAAAUUUCACUUAGGCGUGUCAAGCAAAGGUGUGUCUGGUGACUCAGUGCCAGCAGCGAGAGACACCGCGCCUGGGAAACGCCCGCCUGCUCGCAUUGAGAGGGAGAGGUGGAGGAAACAGACAAGAGACAAAGCUCUCGAGUAGACUAGACACAUUUGUCAUCUGUUACUCUCUGAAAAACUAGCUGGACUUUCCGACCUUCGGACCAGGACAAAGUCAGUGUCAGGCUUCCUUUUUGUUUUGUUUUUUGUUUUUUUUCCUCCAAAAAUGGUGAAAAUUGUCAUUUCCACCAUCUGCCUGAUGCUGGUCCUGUCCGGUGUGGAGUCGUGUUUUUUCCCAGGCUCUCUCUACGUAAAUGUGCCAGAAACAAUCUCUCCUGGAUACCAAAUAGCCAAAGUUGAAACUGUCGGCUGUGAUGCCAAGUCAACGCAGUUAAGUGUGACGGAUCCGAGUUUUACAAUAAAAACCGAUGGGACAAUUGUGACUUUAGCGUUUGUCUCAGUGGCAGAAAGAGGACGGACAUUUUCUGUGUGGGCUCAGGACAAUAGUGGACCGGAAAGUAAGAUGGAAGUUCACCUUGUCCACAGAACAAUGCAGAGCAAACAUCAGCGAGACAAGGCUUUCCUGAGCCGCUCUCUAAGACGCUGGAGACCUCCGAACUUCAACAUAAUGGAGAAUGAUUCAGGGCCUUUUCCACACAUAAUUGAAACGCUGGUGUCAGAUACGACUGCCAAGUACAAGGUAUACUACACCAUCGAAGGACAAGGGGUCACUACGUAUCCAACUGGAGUGUUCAGUCUGAAUAGUAACACUGGCGAUCUGUCAUUGCUCAGAGCGGUGGAUCGUGAGGAGUUCCCAGAAUUAAUGUGAUUUGUGGUGCGUGUUUUUGACACAGUGACAAAUAAGGAGACAGACGAAUACUUGCCCAUAAAAGUGCUCGUGGAUGAUGACAAUGACAAUGUUCCACAGUUCGUAGGCCCACUGCAGUUUACGGUUCCCGAGCAAUCCCGUGCAGGGACUGUGGUGGGACAGGUUAAUGCAACAGACAGAGACCAAGCUGGUACCGACCAUGUGAAGAUCAGAUAUACACUCCUGACUGGAUCAGAUCUGUUUUUCAUUCAUCCAAACACGGGUGUCAUCACGACAAGAACCAACGUCCUCGACAGAGAGGUAAACGACAAGCAUAUGGUGACUGUGAAAAUCCAAGAUCUGGAUGAACCAGAAGGUCUGUUCACCUCAGCUACUGCAACAGUUACUCUGAGUGAUAUCAAUGACAACCCACCAACCUUCAUGCAAACAACUUAUGCUGCCUCUGUGAAAGAAAAUGAAAAUGAUAAACUUCUCCUUCGAAUUCCCGUUCAAGAUAAAGAUUUGAUAAACACACCAAACUGGAUCAAGUUUGUCAUCACUAAAGGAAAUGAAAGUGGAAAUUUCAGGAUCGAUACUGAUCCCAAAACAAAUGAGGGGCUUUUGUACGUCUCAAAACCAUUAGAUUAUGAGAAGACCAAAAAUGUAAUGCUCGAGGUCAUGGCACAGAAUCAAGCAGAACUAAAAGGCACCACUGCCAAGUGGAAUUCCAUCCCUGUGGACGUUUCUGUCAUCGACGUUGAUGAAGGCCCAGAAUUCUCUGCUCCUUCUGUCCGCUUCAGUGUCAAAGAGAACACACCAAAUGACACAUUGAUAGGAACUUACACAGCUUUAGAUCCCGAGACCAAGAGCAGCAACGGCAUCAAGUAUUACAAGGUCACAGAUCCGGGCUCUUGGAUCAAUUUCGACAGAAACACUGGAGAGCUGAGGGUUGCAAACACAAUUGACAGAGAAUCACCGCUUGUCCACGAUGGGUUUUACAACAUCACCGUGAGGGCUGUUGAUGCUAGCUCCAAGACAGGAACAGGAACAGUCAUCAUUUGGGUGGAGGAUGAAAAUGACAACAUUCCUACGAUUCCGAGUAAUCUCACGCUGUGUCAGAAAGAUGGAGUGCUCGGCUCUGUGGUGGUUGUGGCUGAAGACAAAGAUCAGCCUCCCUUUUCUUACCCGUUCAGCUUUAGCUUACCGGAUAACAAUGACGGCACUUGGUCUGUGACGGCACUUAAUGACACGGCAGCUACAUUGCAGCAGGUCAAAGAGAUUUAUAUAGGGAUGCAUGCUGUUGACCUGAUUGUUAGAGAUCUUCAGGGCAAUGGUAAAACACAGACCGUGAACGUGAAGGUCUGCAAGUGCAACAACGGCGUCUGCCUUGGCAAGGACAAGUCUGUGUCAUUGGGGCCGAUGGGUAUACUGACUCUGCUGCUGCCUGUGGCCCUCCUCCUACUGCUCUUUUUGCUCCUUGCAUUUUUCUGUCUAACAAAGAGAGAGAAAUUGGACCUUGAUGAUUCAGGAGACACUGGAGGAAUCCUGCUCAAAUCAAACACCGAGGCCCCAGGAGACGAAGUGGAUGCAAAUCUCAUCAGUGCUCCCCCUUUUGGGGCUGAACAAGCAAUAAAGGGUUCUGUUAAGGGUACAGUGCUGAAUUCUGGAUGGCUCGGGAACCAGAGCUCAAGCACCAUUGGAGCCCACGGUGUACAUGAGAAUGGGAUGUAUGGAAGGACUGAUAUUUCCACAAAUAAUAUGCAAGAGUACUAUUCUGGCCAGUAUGACAUGAACUAUGAUGGUCAAGCCUAUGGUCAGCUUGUUGGUAGUGGUGUAAACUUUGACAGCAGACAUUACAACCAGGACGCAGGUUUUCUACAUACUUGGCAAACGAAUGGCCGCUAUCUACAUCAGAAACUGGCCCGUAUGGGAACAGAGGGUGAUAAGUAUUAUGCUGAUGACACGAUCCACUCCUACGGGUUUGAGGGGGUUGGCUCUACAGCUGGCUCUGUUGGAUGCUGCAGUGACUAUCAUGACAAUGAUAACCUUGACUUUCUGAACACACUUGGACCGAAGUUCAGAACUCUUGCAGAUGUCUGCAGAAAGACAUGAACAGCGACACUCCAGAUUAAUAGUGUUUUACUUUUAGCUGCAAAAGAUGCAAAAGCCUAGGGUCUGAAUGCUUAGCAUGUUACUGGACACGGAUAGGAAAAAAAAGAAGCAGGUGGUGUUGGUGUGUUAUCUGCUAAUGCUUUUUGUUGUUUCAUUUCUUUUUUUUUUCGGUAAAAGUUGUUUGCACUGAAAACUAUGCAGAUGCUGUUAGUUGUGAAUACUCUGUGUUGUAUGUCACUAGCUCCAUUUCCACCACAGGAGCUCGUUCCUAGGGACUGCAUUCCUUUGGAGGUUUCUACCUCAGGAACCAGGGUCUAAAUGAAGUUCUUGAAAAAAAAAAUUUCAUACCUAUGUGAUGGGGGGUAGCACUGCGGAAGCUUUUGGUGUAGGGAAUGGAGUGUUUGUGGUUGGAAAGCAGUUUCUCAUAAAAUCAGGUUGCUUAUUUCAAGAUAUACCGCAGAAAUUGUUGGUUAUUGUUAAUAAAAACAGCACAUUUCCCCCCUUAUCUUUGUAAGUCUUAAGAUAUGAGCAGGAGAACAGACAAAACUACCUUUAGGGAACCUUUUAGUUCCUUGAAAAAUGUUCCUGGGCCUAAACAUUCUGGUUAAUUUGGGUAGAAAUGCAGCUACUGAGUGUUAAUGUGUUUGUCUUAAACUUUUUUCAGAUUUAUAAAGAUUUUUGUGUAUAUGAAGCAAAAGGAUUUUUUUGAAAGGGUUUUUUUUUAAUGUUAGUAUUUUUUGUGUAAUUAAUCAUUGCAGUAGAAAAGCAUUUCUUUUUCAGUCAUGUGGCUGGUUUUACUUAUUAAAUUUCAGGUAUUGCAAAUAUAUUUUACAAAAAACAAAUCCUUAAUUUAACAGAAAGUAACAACUGCCUUUCUAAUAUAAUAUAAUAAUAAUUGUACAAUAUUUUAUGUAAAAUGACACCCUUAUAAUUAUAUCUUUUUAACCUGUUGCUUGAAUUCUGCAGGUUUUCCCAAUAACACAGAAAUUGUAUGAAACUGCUUUAAUUCAGCUCCUGACUGUCAGAUGGGUAAAGUUUCAGCUCACUGUCAGUCAGGUUAUUGCAACAUUCCCAACAGCAGUCCUGUGAAAAUCAGCACGCAGGCGGGAAUGGGAGGAGUAAGGUGUUACUGACACAGCCUGAUUGCUGUGUGAUUGCAACUGUCCACACAUAAGAAAACAAAAACAAACCCAACAGUAUAGAAUAUAUAUGUAUAUCUUGUUGUUUACAUUGUAAUUUGACAUGAACAUUAAACAAUGAUGUAUAAUUUUUGCUACGAAUACCUUUAUUAGUCCCACAAUGGGGAAAUUACACUUAACAGAACACCCAUCCAAGAAAUACAAACACAAAGAGACAAACACAAACUGUUUCACUUUGAGUUUUUUUUCUGCAUUUAAUUAGUGUGUUUGUGCUUACUGUCCAUAGGGUGUAUUUGUUUAAAUUUUACUUUAAUGUCUAUUGUAAUUAAAAAAAAAAAAAGAAAACUCUUCCUUAUGCUGUUUUGGUUGUGCUGUGCAGAAAGGUGGGAGCAGAAAUGCUUGCUUCUUGUGCUCAGUCUUUGUGUGCAUGCUGGUGAAUGUUUCACAGGGUGGGGCACACCAGGAUUACACAAUACAAAGAGUGCAAUGUUCCAGCACAGUUAAACUCAGCUUCUUGGCUAAUAAUUACCUUCAGUCUUCUGCAGAUCCAGUCGGUCUACUGGUUUUAUAAUAGGAACACCUAUUGUUAUCAUAGUAACAAACUUUAUUUUAUAAACAAAAUACUUCAUAAGACAUAAUUUGUAGUUACAGGAAAUUUGUGAAAGGGCCCAGUCACUUUAGAAAUCAUCAAUAAUAU